AUGGCGGUGCUCCAGGUGUUCGGGGCCCCCAUGCUGGAAGAGCUACGCAAAGAACCUGUCACCAGCAGAGUUUGCCCAGGACGCUCCCCCAGCCUGGUCGCAGCCCUGUCCCAGACCUGGUGCAGCCCCUUCGUGCUCUGCGGGAAGCUGUGGACUGAGAGUGGUGUUUCUGAUGAAUGGGAGCUGCCCUGUCUGACUCCUGACGACCAUGCUGGUGGCUGGGGACGCUCAACGUCAAUCAAAGCCGAAGCACGUGGCAGUUCUCUGCCUGGGAGUCCCGCUAACGUGGCCGAUGUGGUGUCCUACUUCCAUGUGGCUCUUCAGCUUUUACCUCCACCGUCCGCCCUGACCCCGCGUCUGGACGGAAAACCGACCUGCAGAGCAGCUGGGCUGUCCAGUCAUGGGGCCGUCGAGAAAAGGCAACAGCAAAUCCACCCAGGGCCCCACGCUGAGUCCCUGACGAGCCUCAGACGUGCGUUCACCCCAACUCUAGAGCCCCCACAGCCCCUGCCCCAGGAUCUCACGCCUGCCCACUGUGGACACCCACAAUCGGGGGCUGCAGCCUCUGAGUUCACUGGGCAGAGCCUGGUGCCCCCAAGGGAGGAGCAGCGUCCACAGGCCAAGCCCUUGCGAGUGUCCCCUGUCCUGCCACACACACUGGCUCUGGCAGGCCACGUCCAGUUCCGCAGGGACCAGGCCUUGCCCAGGACAGUGGCGCCCGGCGAGAGGCGGCUUUGCCGUGGCCAGCAGGCAGCACCGUCUUGUUCUGGACAGGGCGCGGGUUACUAUGCAAACCAAACAAAGCACACACAGCCCGCGUGUGACCCGGAGCCAGGUCCGUCUCCUGUGCUCUGGAGCCCGUCGGAACCGUCUUAUGCUGCUACUGCCGCACGACGCGCACACACCCUCCCUGCUGGACCGCCCCUGCUGUCCUACACGUUACCUGACGUGGUCCCCAGAGAAACAGCUUGUGCAGCCAAGGACAGGGGAGUGAAGGCUCAGUACCCCCUCGCCGCCAAGUCUCUGCAAGCCAGGACGGCGGAAGCAGCCAGCAGCGUGGCUGGGAGCAACCACAGGAGGGCCCAGGACAGUGCCUACAGCCGCCCACAGCAGCUGGACCAGCGCCAGCAAGGGGAGAGAGUCCUGCCAGGCACAAGGAGCCCUGCACUGGUGGUGUGCUGGUGGGCACAGGUCCCCGAGGCUGCGAGCCUCAAGCUUCCCCCUGCAGCAGAGAACAAAGUCCCACCCAGUGGCUUCUCAGAGAUCCACGGUCGGCCUGCAGGCCUGGGAGCCAGGCUCUCCUACAACGAGGGCAGAGGCCAGAACCCCACCAAUGCCGAGGCGCUCGAGGUCCUGGGGAACCCCGAGAAUGAGGUGAAUGUGAAGGUGCUGGACUUUGAGCACUUCCUGCCCAUGCUGCGGACGGUGGCCAGGAACAAGGACCAGGGCACCUACGAGGAUUAUGUGGAAAGACGUCAGGUAUUUGACGAGGAAGGAAAUGGCACCGUCAUGGGUGCGGAAAUCCGGCACGUUCUUGUCUCACUGGGUGAGAAGACGACAGAAGAAGGAGGAGAGAUGCUGGUGGCAGGGCGUGAGGACAGCAGUGGUUGCCUCGACUCUGAAGUGCUCGUCUGCAGGGUGCUGAAUGGCUGA